AUGCAGCCAGACAAAGCUACGACAAAUUUGUACUCCAGAGAGACUGGGUUCACGUGUCACUCACAUCCGAGCUAUCGUGAAAUUCGUAGCAAUUUGUCCCAAUUAUGUGGGGGGGGGCAUUGGCCCAGUUCCUCCAGCAUACAGAAUCAACUCGUUGGUUCCAUCCUGGUACGGAAAAGACGUCUGGAAUAUGGCGACGGAAGCCGUAAGAAUCAUUCUACCAAAACCGACGUGGAAAAGCGGAGGAGGAACUGUGGACUCAGGAGCCGCGGAAAUGUCAGCAAGAAGGAUUCGGCGUCACAGUUACGGCAAAUUAGCGGGAUAAUCUACCAGCAUUUCCGACAAGACGUCUGA